UGCAGCUCAUCUUCUGGAUCCGCGCGCGCUAAUCCUCGAGCACAUCUGUGCAGCGCUACGGAGCUCCGCCCAUCCUGCUGUUGUGAAAGUGACGUCAGCCCUAUCACUUGUGGAGAGUGAAGCGACGCCGCAGUCCGCGAUCUGCAGUGAGAGAGCAGGUACAGCCGAUCCCUUACCUGGAAACCUCAACCGCACGUCCUCCGUUAUCCGCGGAUAUUUCCGGUUACGCAGAAAUCACAAUAACAUUCCGUCUUUCUCCUUCGCCGUACGCACGAUGAGUUUUAUCCAGCCAGUGGAGUAGAGGAUCCCUCACAUCCCACCUGCAGUCAUGAAUGGUGGCUUUUCUAUUUGGGCUAUAACUCCAGAAGAGAGGGGGAAACAUGACAAACAGUUUGACUCGCUGGCUCCCACCCUGGGAUAUUUGUCGGGAGAUCAAGCAAGAAAGUUCUUCCUCCAAUCUGGUCUUCCCACAUCGGUCCUGGCAGACAUCUGGGCUCUGGCGGACAUAGGAAAGGAUGGGAAGAUGGACAGAUUGGAGUUCUCUAUUGCAAUGAAACUAAUUAAACUGCAGCUGCAGGGUCAGCCACUUCCGUCCAGCCUGCCGAUCAUCAUGAAGCAGACGCCCACCCCUGUGAUGACGUCAUCGUCACGCUUCGGUAUGGGCUCCAUGCCAAAUCUCUCCGCCAUGUCGGUGAUGCCCAUCCUAACACCCAUCCCCACAUGCCCUGUCAUGGCCCCUUUAGUUCCUGUGCCCACCCUGAUAUCUGGGCCACUGCCUCAGAUGCCCAACUCUAUCAGUGUGCCAGCCUUACCUAACGGCAAUGCAACUCUCCUCACACCAACACCAGCAUUCCCAGUCUCCAGUGGUUUGACUAAAUCUCACUCUCUCCUGGACCUUGGCUCUAGCAGUUCUAACUCGUCCUCCACCACCUCCCUUGCGAGUAACUCCCCGAAAACGAGUAGUUCUGAUUGGGCAGUGCCUCAGUCAUCCCGUCUGAAGUACCGACAACUGUUUAACAGCCUGGACAAGCUAAUGAGUGGAUACCUGUCAGGUCCCCAGGUCAGAAAUGCCCUCACAGCUUCAAACCUCACACAAACACAGCUUGCCACUAUAUGGUUUCUGGCUGAUGUGGAUCGUGAUGGGCAGUUGAGAGCAGAAGAGUUUAUUUUAGCGAUGCAUCUGGUUGAAAUGGCCAAGACAGGGCGGCCUUUACCUCUCACUUUACCUCCCGACCUUGUGCCUCCUUCACUCAGAACAACUAAGUCAUGUGACCUGCUAAACGGACCUGUUCCUCUGAUUAGCACUGAGCUGAUUGAGCCAGAACUGCCACAGAAAAACAAGAGCAAUGUUUCAUAUGAAGACAAACUGAGGGAAAAUUUCCAGAGGGGAAACGCAGAGCUGGAGAAGCGUCGCCUGGCUCUUCAGGAGCAGCAGAGGAGAGAGGAGGAGCGCAGGAGAGAAGAGGAGAGGCGAGAGGAGGAGAAGAGACAGCAGAAGGAAAGAGAGGAGCGAGAGAGGAGAGAGAGAGAAGCGCGAGAAAUGGAGAUCAGGAGACAGAGAGAGGAGGAGCGCAGGAUGGAGAGACAGAGAGAGCUGGAGCGACAGAGAGAGGAGGAACGACUGAAAGAAUUAGAGCGGCGAGAGGAAGCUGAGCGACAAAGACGGAGGGAAUGGGAGAAGAGCAAACGUGUGGAGCUUCAGACUCAGAAAGAAAAGGAGCAGAAUGACAUACAGAGACUAAAGGACAGGAAGAGGAGUCUUGAGAUUGAGCUGGAGGCCGUGGGUAACAAGCAUAAGCAGAUCUCCAGUCAGCUGCGUGAUGCUAAGAGUAAGAGACAGGGGCAGUGGGCCGAGUUGGAGCUGAUCAACCAGAGGAGAGACGUCUGCAUUACUGAUAUCAACUCACUGCAGUUACAGUUUGAUGAGAUGCAGCGGCAGUUGAAUCAGCUGGGCCCUGAAAAGCAGCGACUGGCUGACAGACUUGUACAUUUUACCCAAAACAUCUCCAGUCCUUUGAUAAACGAUGUGAAACAGAGUGUGUGCGAGAAAGAUCGGAGCUGUCGGAAGCUUAAGGAGCAGCUGGAUGUUUUGGAGAGAGAAACCACGGCCAAACUCUCACAAAUGGAGCAGUACAACAAAGAAAUCAAGUUUGUUGAAAUGGAUGACUGUGUGCUACAAGGACUUCUCUCUUUGCUGGGCUGCUUAACCAAUCUCUUCCUUCUAAUAAAGGAAUUGAGACAGAAGCAGAGCCAGCAGCAGGACGUCCUGGAGCAGCUCAGGAGGGUCAGAUCUGACAAACUCAAAGAGCUCCAGAGACACAGGAAAGAGGAAGAGGAGAGAAAGAGGAAGAAAGAAGAGGAGGCCGCCAGACAGGCCCAGUUGGAGCAGGAGCGGCUGGAGCAGGAGGAGGCUGAGCGGCAAAGGAAACUUGCACAGGAACGAGAGGCCAAACUCAGGGAAGAGCAGCAGCGGCAGGCUCUGGCCAGACUGCUGGAGGCUCAGGAGCAGGCCAGAGCCAAAGAGGAGAAGAGGAGAGCUGAGGAGAAGGAGAGGAAUGAGCUAGAUGUACACACUCAAUCCAGUCUGCCUUUCAACAGCACAGAGAACAACAUUUUGCAGCCAGUAGUGAUCCCUGAAGUCACGUGUAGUUCUCUGACCACCUACAGAGCUCUCUAUCCCUUCACUGCACGCAACUCAGACGAGCUCACGCUGGAGGCAGACUGUUUCAUCCAGGUGGAUGAAUCGACAGUCAGAGAGACCGGCUGGCUGUAUGGCAGUUACAGUGGAAACAGAGGCUGGUUUCCAGAGAGCUAUGCUGAGAGAUGCAGUAAAGACAGUCAGACUCAACCGACCGCAGCUGAAACUGAGUCCACUGCGCCCUCUGCCAACUACCCUGGAAUUCCUCGAGUGGACAUAGAAGGACCAACACCGACACACACCCCAGUAUCCACAAACACACAGCACUCACAGGCUGUUGCUCUGUGUGAGUGGAGCGCUAAGACUGACAGUCACCUGGGCUUCUGCAAGGACGACAUUAUUACAGUUCUGGAGAAGCAGGAGAACUGGUGGUACGGAGAACUCAAGGAGAAACGGGGCUGGUUCCCCUGUUCACAUGUCUCUGUGGUCACCACCAAUAAUACACAGAGCGAGCCUCUGUAUUCUAGCGUGGAGGAGAUUGAAGUGUCAGACUCUGGUUUGCUUGAUGAGUAUGUGGCUCUGUACACGUAUGAGAGUCCGGAGUCAGGAGACCUGACGUUCAGUGCAGAGGAUGUGGUUCUGGUUACAGAGAAAGAAGGAGAGUGGUGGAGAGGCUGUAUUGGUGACCAGACCGGCCUUUUCCCCUCCAACUAUGUUAAACCCAAAGAACCUGAUACUGCCAGUUCUGCAGUUCCCAGUAAAAAGCCAGAAAUUGCUCAGGUGACUACAGUCAGUCCUGCAACAACACCAGAGCAGCUGAGUCUGACACCUGGCCAGCUGAUCGUGGUGCUGCAUAAGAACUCAAACAGCUGGUGGCUUGGUGAACUACAGGCACGGGGUAAGAAGCGUAAAAAGGGCUGGUUUCAAUCUUCUAAUGUCCGAUUACUGGAGGCCAACAGCGGCAAAAUAACACCUGCACCUCAACCAUUGUGUCAGGUUAUUGCAAUGUAUGACUACAAAGCAGCCAAUAAGGACGAGAUGAGCUUCCAGAAAGGUCAGCUGAUCACCGUACUGAACAAGGACAACCCUGACUGGUGGAAAGGAGAGGUCGCAGGGGUCACAGGGCUGUUUCCAACUAAUUAUGUGAAGAUGACCACAGAAUGUGAUCCAAGCCAGCAAUGGUGUGCUGACCUGCUUAGUUUAGACUCUAUGUGCACUGAGGAGAGGAAGAGGCAAGGCUACAUCCAUGAGCUCAUUCAGACAGAAGAGUCUUACCUGGAGGACCUGGAGCUGGCAGUGGAGGUGUUUUAUAAGCCAAUGGCAGAGUCGGGACGGCUGACCGAGGCUGAGAUCAGCAUGAUCUUUGUGAACUGGCGUGAAUUGAUCAUGUGCAGCACCAAACUCCUAAAAGCUCUGCGUGUGCGUAAGAAGACAGCAGGUGAGCGAAUGCCCGUGCAGGUGGUUGGUGAUAUCUUGUCCUCUGAGCUCUCUCACAUGCAGGCUUACAUUCGCUUCUGCAGCUGCCAGCUCAACGCAGCUGCUCUGUUGCAGCAGAAAACAGACAAAUCACUCGACUUCAAACUCUUCCUCAAGAAAAUUGCCAGUAAUUACCGCUGUAAAGGAAUGCCACUGUCCAGCUUUCUCCUGAAGCCCAUGCAGAGGAUCACACGAUACCCACUGCUGAUCAAAAACAUUCUGGAAAACACUCCUCCGGCUCACGCUGACCACUCCAAUCUGCAGGCGGCGCUGGAGCAGGCGGAGGAGCUUUGCUCACAGGUGAACGAGGCUGUGAGGGAGAAAGAGAACUCCGACCGACUGGAGUGGAUCCAGAACCACGUGUUGUGUGACGGAGUCAUUGAGCACCUUGUUUUUAACUCUCUGACGAACUGCCUGGGCCCUCGAAAACUGCUGCACAGCGGCAAACUGCAUAAGACCAAGAGCAGCAAAGAGCUCUGGGCCCUGCUGUUCAAUGACUUCCUGCUCCUCACAUACACCUCCAAACAGUUCUCAUCCAGCCCAGACAAACUCUUCAAUCCCAACUCCAACACACAGUACAAGAUGUACAAGACGCCAGUGUUUCUGAAUGAGGUCUUGGUGAAAAUGCCCUCUGACCCGUCCAGCGAUGACCCAGUUUUCCACAUUUCACACAUUGAUCGUGUUUACACACUCAAGACUGACACUAUCAAUGAGAGGACGACGUGGGUGCAGAAGAUCAAAGCAGCAUCUGAUCACUUUAUAGAGACGGAGAAGCUGAAGAGAGAGAAGGCGUAUCAAGCUCGCUCUCAGAAGAACAGUGGCAUCGGUCGACUGCUGGUAACAGUGCUGGAAGCCACAGAGCUGAAGCCCUGCAAACCCAACGGGAAGAGUAACCCAUACUGUGAACUAACCAUGGGCGCCCAGUGCUACACGUCCCGGCAUCAGCCCGACACGCUCAACCCAAAAUGGAGCUUCAACUGCCAGUUCUUCAUCAAAGACUUGUACCAGGAUGUCCUGUGCCUCACUGUCUUUGAGAGGGACCAGUUCUCUCCUGAUGAUUUUCUAGGUCGAACUGAAGUUCCUGUAGCGACAAUAAAAAAAGAUCAAGAUGGUAAAGGGCCACUGGUUCGACGUCUGCUGCUUCAUGAAGUCCCGACUGGAGAGGUUAAAGUGAGGCUUGAUCUGCAGCUCUAUGAACAAACACCUCACGUAUGAACUGAGAAGUGCAACAUUAAACGCGUCACUUCACCAGUUUCAAAGUUUGUGUUGAUUUUUAAAAAAGAUAUGUGACGGAAACUUUACCUCACACAUUGUUGAUAGUGGAAAAGGUGAACCACUGCACAAACUGUACCCUACGUCAACAUGCUGUAAAAUAGAGGGCUACAUGGAUUAUGCUUUUUUUUUUUACCAAAACCAGAAGACUGAAAUAAGGUGUGUAAUUAACACAAGCUCAAUAUAAGGGUGUCAAACUCAGCUCCUGGAGGCCCGCAACCCUUCAGAGUUUAGUUACAGCCCUGCUUCAACACAACUACCUAAUGUUAGAGAUGGCUGAUGUGAAACUGACAUUUUGACUCCGUGUCAGGAUCCCGAGAGGCAUGAUCAAAACUCCCAGGUCAUGCGACAAAGGUGAUUUAAAACACCAGGUCAUGUGACUAAAGCGAUUAAAAUCAUCAGUCAUUUCAGAAGCAUCUCAUGUAGCCUAGUGGACUGUGCAUGUGCAAAGAGUAACUGUACUUCAAAUGUCAUGAGUUUGAAUCCAGACUGAAAUUAUGACUUAAUGAAUUUUAUUUAUGU